GAGUCAGAGUAAUUUCCCAAAUAAAAAAUGUCUUCCAUAGUCGGUGGAGGAAAUAACAACACACAGAUCCAAUACUCUUGCUCCAUAUAUCAGCAGAAUUCCAUUUUCUCCCUCAAGAGGGACCAAAAUCACCAAACAUGGCGGACAUUAAACAUGGAGGACAGAGAAAAUGGCGAUACAAAACCAACGAUCACAAGCAAUCAAAAGCAGACAUAGCAGAAACCUUGAGAAAAUCAUGGUACAAAUUGCGUUUAUCAGUUCGACAUUCUGCUAGGGUUCCAACUUGGGACGCCAUUGUUUUAACUGCUGCAAGUCCUGAGCAAGCUAAGCUUUACGAAUGGCAACUUAAUCGCGCUAAACGUCUUGGUCGAAUUGCUGAUUCUACUGUCACUCUUGCUGUGCCUGAUCCUCUAGGUAACCGCAUCGGAUCUGGUGCCGCUACUCUUAAUGCUAUUUAUCAACUUGCUGAGCAUUACCGGAAGAUAAAUGCGGUGAUACGAGCCGACGAAAAUAUAGAUUCUCGUUCUGAUGAGAAGUUUGACGAUAGAGUUUCUGACCUACAAUACACUGAUUUUUUGGCAAGAAAGCAUAUACUGUUGCUGCAUGCCGGAGGUGACUCUAAAAGAGUUCCAUGGGCCAAUCCUAUGGGAAAGGUUUUCCUGCCGCUUCCAUAUUUGGCAGCAGAUGACCCUGAUGGGCCUGUUCCUUUACUUUUUGACCAUAUACUUGCAAUAUCAUCCUGUGCCAGGCAAGCUUUCAAAAGCAAAGGUGGUUUAUUCAUUAUGACGGGGGACGUCCUUCCUUGCUUUGAUGCUUCCAAUCUGAUUCUUCCCGAGGAUGCAUCAUGCAUCAUCACAGUUCCCAUAACUCUUGACAUUGCCGCUAACCAUGGGGUUGUUGUAGCUUCUAAAACUGCGUUUCCGGAGUCGUCUUCUUCUGUCAGUGUUGUUGAGAAUCUUCUGCAAAAACCCAGCAAGGAUGAUCUUGUCGAUAGUCAAGCUCUCCUGGAGGAUGGAAGAACAUUGCUCGACACUGGAAUCAUAGCAGUUAGAGGUAAAGCAUGGUUUGCUCUUGUUGAGCUUGCUUGCUCUUGCCAAUCUAUGAUUCUGCAGCUUCUGGAUAGUAAAAAAGAGAUGAGCUUGUAUGAAGAUCUAGUUGCGGCUUGGGUUCCCACCAAACAUGAUUGGUUAAAGAAGCGGCCAUUAGGGGAGGAACUUGUCAAUAAAUUGGGAAAACAACAAAUGUUUAGCUAUUGUGAUCACGAGUUGCUCUUUUUGCAUUUCGGAACAUCAAGUGAAGUAUUGGAUCAUCUUACUGGUGCUGACUCCGGACUUGUGGGGCGAAGGCAUUUAUGCUCUAUUCCAGCAACCACUGCGUCUGACAUUGCAGCAUCUGCAAUCGUACUAUCCAGUAAAAUUGCACCAGGAGUUUCAGUUGGAGAAGAUUCUCUGAUAUAUGAUUCUUCCAUUUCAAGUGGAAUACAAAUUGGUUCUUUGUCUAUUGUUGUUAGUGUCAAUGUUCCUGGGACUAUUGAUGGGAUAGUUAAAGAUCCAAUAAGAUUUAUGCUUCCAGACCGACACUGUAUCUGGGAGGUACCGUUAUCUGAUCGCAGUGAUCGGGUUAUUGUGUACUGUGGCCUUCAUGAUAAUCCGAAGACAUCAAUAUAUAAGGAUGGGACAUUUUGUGGAAGACCAUGGCAGAAGGUAUUGCAUGAUUUAUGCAUUCAAGAAAUUGAUCUCUGGAGUUCAGAAGUUGGUGAAAAAUGCUUAUGGAAUGCAAGAAUAUUCCCAAUCCUCCCAUACUUUGAAAUGCUUCAGUUAGCAUCAUGGUUAAUGGGUUUGAGCGGCCAGAAAAACCAAUCCAUGCUUUUCUUAUGGAAAAGGUCUCCUCGUGUUAGUUUGGAAGUGCUGCAUAGAUCCAUUGACUUUCAGAAAAUGUGUUCGGGUUCCAGUAGUCAUCAAGCUGAUCUAGCUGCGGGUAUUGCAAGAGCAUGUAUCGGCUUUGGAUUGCUUGGACGUAAUUUGUCUCAGUUGUCUGAAGAGAUACUGCAAAUGGAAUUAUCAGGAGCUGAAAUCUGCAAAGAUCUAAUGGCAAUGUGUCCCAGUUUGCAGGUGCAUAACACAACAUUAGUUCCUAAAAGUCGUGCAUAUCAGGUGAAAGUAGAUCUUCUCCGUGCUUGUAAAAAUGAAGCACUAGCAAAUGAGCUGGAAAAUAAAGUUUGGGCUGCAGUUGCUGAUGAAACUGCUUCAGCUGUAAGAUAUGGUUUUAAAGAGGAUCUUUUGGAUGCAUCCCUUGGGAUGUCAUCUUCACACCAGGGCAGCAUACAUGACAAUGUUGCAGAGCAGCAAAACGUGUUUAGAAGUGUGAAGGUUGAAUUACCAGUUCGUGUUGAUUUUGUUGGGGGUUGGAGUGAUACUCCACCAUGGAGCUUAGAGCGUGCUGGUUGUGUUCUUAACAUGGCUAUCUGUCUGGAAGGUCAUCUCCCAGUUGGCACAAUCAUAAAAAUGACAAGAAUGACUAGUGUGCUAAUUACCGAUGAUGCUUUGAAUGAGCUAAUUGUUCAGGAUCCUGCCUCCAUAAUCCCUCCAUUUGAUGUUAAUGAUCCAUUUAGGCUUGUCAAGUGCGCAUUGCUUGUUACUGGUGUCCUUCAUGACAAGAAGCUUCAAGGUAAGGGCUUGGAGGUUAGAACUUGGGCCAAUGUUCCACGUGGAAGUGGCCUAGGGACGUCAAGCAUACUUGCUGCUGCUGUGGUAAAGGGACUUCUACAAAUAAUUGACGGUGAUGAUGGGGAAGAAAAUGUUGCCAGACUUGUUUUGGUGCUGGAGCAACUUAUGGGCACAGGGGGAGGGUGGCAGGACCAGAUUGGAGGAUUGUAUCCUGGUAUUAAAUUUACAACUAGCUUCCCUGGAAUCCCGUUGCGGCUUCAGGUCAAUCCUCUCUCCGCAUCUCCAGAGUUGAUGCUGGAGUUACAUCAGAGACUGCUCGUGGUUUUCACUGGUCAAGUUCGACUUGCUCGCAGAGUUUUACAGAAUGUGGUGACACGCUACUUGAGACGGGAUAACCUGCUUAUAUCUAGUAUCAAGCGUCUUGCUGAACUUGCAAAAUUAGGGAGGGAAGCUCUCAUGAACGGGGACAUAGAUGAGUUGGGUAACAUCAUGAUGGAAGCUUGGAGGUUGCACCAAGAACUGGACCCAUUUUGCAGUAAUCAAUCUGUUGACCGACUUUUCGAAUUUUCCGAACCUUAUUGUUGUGGUUACAAGCUCGUGGGUGCUGGUGGCGGUGGCUUUGCAUUGUUGCUUGCCAAGGAUGCUGUUAGUGCUAACGAAUUGCGACAUCUGCUAUCUAAGGGCUCGGAGUUUGAUGUAAAAGUCUAUGAUUGGAGUAUCUUCGCCUAGUCCAAAUAUAGUACCACAAGUUUCAUUUGGUCAGAGCCAUACGUUUGUCUAUUCAGCUAGUGUUAUUAUUCUUUCUUUCUUCCAGAAGCGUGCAUUAAUUAGUUCAUUUGUAAUACGGAGCCAUACGUUUGAUCAAUUUUAUGUACACAAAAGGGAAUGUGCAUGUACUAAUGAGUGUUUGAGAGAACUAUGUAUACAAAGCAAAAAGGGAAAGUAUGGAAUAAUAAAACAAAGUUUGAUACAUGAUUCGUCAUAAUUUCCAAAACUUAUGUACCAUUUUACAAAACAUAUUUACUGUUUAUAUGUAGCAUAUAAAGUUAUUUGAUUAACAUGGUCAAGAGCCGGCCUGCUCUUUCACAUUUUUCUUGUUAUUAUAAGCUUGCUUACAUUUUUCAUUUGGGUACAUU